UCUCUAACGACGGCAUCGUCGGCCAACCGCCGCCGGAGGAAGCCGCUUCUUCGUCGCCUCGGACGGGCAUCCCGUUUUCCCGGACGAGCGGGACGCCCGCAGGAGACGGACCGGAGGGCCGUCCCGAAGGGGCCACCGGGCGCCUCGAAGAGAGACGCUGAGAAGACAGCCCGACAGCCGCGCGAGUGACGUGCAACGCCGGAGCGGAGCGCGCCGCGACGCCGACAGUCGACCGCGGGACGCGUCACGGUCGUCUCACGGGAGACCGGGACCGGGGGCGGUCUGUUCCAGCUGCAUCAUCCUCCAGUUGGCGUCUGACGUAUGAACGGCACACGUCUCUCUCAUCUCUUCCCCCGCGCGCUCAGCUCUCGGGCUUUUCUCCAAUCCUUUUUUUUUCCUCCCCGGCCGCGCGCAUUCUUUCCCAUUCUAUCCGUUCCUCGGUCUCUCUACGCCUCCCCGAUUUUCGUCUUCUCUCUCUUCCUCCACGAUUGCGUCGUGCGCUCCGUCCCUCGCGUCGAGCCACAUCGGACUCGGCGAAUCGCCGAACGAAACGGACGGAGCGCAUCCACCGUGAACGUCACUCGUAGCAUGUAAACCGAGCGGAGCUGUCAUUCGUACGUCGCGAGGACGAGAUUCGGAGUGCCGUCUGUGAUUCACGAUCCCGAGUACGCCCCUUCGGACCCCUCAGUGUGCGGUGCUCGCCGGUACAUCGGGAGAGGAUCCUACGUCAGAUUUCACAUAUCCUACGUUGAUUUCAGUUGGCGGGGCUCACGCGGCAAGUCUUACGCCUGAUGACGACGCCGCCGCAAAAAUUAACCCGCGAGCGGACGAACAGAGCGACCCAGAGAGGGGACGGAAGGGUCACCAGUGCUAACUCAUCAGGUCAGUAUACCUUCGGGUUCAUCUCUCGUUUCGCGCUUUCAAAAUACUUGUAGAUGUACCGCGACGAUCGCGCACAAAUGCAUGGUAACCGAUGCACCCCGAUUGGACGGGGUGUCGAGCAUAUUGAUCGAUUGUCACGCGAGCUGCCUCACGCAUUUCGGCGGAACGUUUCCGCAACGGCCCAAACAGCAGGCAACCAGUCCGACAUCUCGGCACGCUGGGCUUCCAAACUCCACGGGUCCGCGGGAAGAUGCGGAUUCGUUUUACGACCGAUUAGUCACCGUUUCUCUCUUUUCUUUUCUCCUUUCCUUUUCGAGAACGCGUUAAACGGAUCUUCGAUCUAUUCGUCCCCGCGGAACUACGAGGCAAAAACUUUAGGAUGUCCGCUCUCGCCAUUCAGUAUCCAUUAAUAACUCGAGUGUUAUUUAUGUGUGUCCGUAGGCGAGCUCGAGAUGGCCAUGAAAAGCGAAACGCGCGUAUGGACGUCUACCGCGUCACGAUCGUUGCAAUUGGAUCACUUGCGUCCCACACGAGUCGGCGAGACUUACCAAACGUCUUGUCUCUCAUCUCGGAUUUCAAUUGCCGACGAUCGGGAUUGUUUGCGGUAUGGAGGAUACCGAGUUCGAGGUCGUCGCAGCCACUUUCGUGCCGGCAAUUCCAGAAGAUACGCAAUGUUAGUCUACUCUACGCGAUGCCAGACUGCCGUCGAUCUUAUCAGGCUCUGCAUCCUUGGCAGGGGCCAGCCACCGACGAGGCGUUAUCCGAUGAGGAAUGUGAAACCCCCUGUACGUAUACUGAAUGUAUCCUGAGUGUAUUCCUGUCCGGUAUACCUUCAGUAUACGUAACAGGAGGCUACACCGAACAACGUUGGGACCUCUUCAUCGGCGCAGUUCCCCAAUUAUCAAUAAUCUUCGUGCUAUAAUAUAGACAACUUUAAGAAAAUAGAGAGAAUAAUAAAACAGAGACGGAAUGAUUUACCCAACACGUCGCAAACUGUAACGCGAAUACAAUUAUUCGCUUUCAAAACUAUGUAAUAAAUUUUGCUACGCAUAAGUUUACGCGCGAA